GCCUGACGGUCGUGCUUCAGGCCUUCGAGUCGAUACCCUUCAGUUAUGAUUGAUCAUGUCCCGCUAUUGCAAGGCAGUUGUUUCUGCCAGGCCAUAUCAUAUGCUGUCUCUGCUCGUCCAAUUUUGAGCGCGUAUUGUCACUGUACGAGCUGCCAGAGAUUGACUUCGUGUCCAUUCGUUCAUACCAUGCAUUUCGAUGCUUCUGCAUUCACAUGGACACAUCCAGAACCCCACGAAUUUCGAUUAGACUUCUAUGACAAUAUCCUCAAGCCAUACAAGCGACGGUAUAGGUGCAAGACCUGUGGUGUCGGGGUUGCAUCCCACAACUAUAAUACCAACCGCGUAAGCAUAUGGGGGGCGAGUCUGGAUAGGGAUGAAGAUGGAAAGAUAGUCGGCUGGGAUAUUGCUAAGCCCACUGCUCAUCAGUUCUAUGGAACACGGAUGCUGGAUGUUAAUGAUGAGUUGACUAAAUGGCAAGGAUAUCAAUCGAAUUCAGAUUGUCUGGAUUAGAUACCAUUGAGCUCAUUGUUCACAACGUGAAUGUGGAUGUGGAUUCGUGGAAGUGGUCUCGUCACCCACGGCCAAAGCAAAGUCUCAUAAUAUUGCACACUACUUGACU